AUGGCUCCUCCUCUUCCUCUGAUCUUCCUCAUCUUCGGGAUUCCUGAUGUUUUCAGUGAAGGCGAAUGGGCUGUGCAUUACAGUUCUUCACACAUCUGUGCACUAAAAGACUCAUCAGUGAUAAUGAGCUGCACUUAUAAAUACCCUGCUGGACAUCAGAUCAUAACAGCGUUCUGGAACAAAGGCUUUGUAAAAAAUGGAGAGCCUCCAGAUCUGUCUAAGGACCCUGAAUACAGUCAAAGACUUCAGUAUCUGGGAGAUAAACAGCAGAACUGCACCAUCAGACUGAGUCAUGUGACAAAGAAAGAUAAACAUGAGUAUUACUUCAGAUUCAUUACUGAUGUAACAGGAGGAAGAUAUACUGGUAUUCCAGGAGUGCGUCUCUCUGUCACAGAUCUUCAGCUGGAGUCUCCUGAGAGAGUGACAGAGCGAGAUUCAGUCCGUCUGACAUGUAAAAGCAGCUGUAAUCUGACUGACACACCAACAUUCAUCUGGUACAGAAACUCACAGAGAUUGACUGAAGGAACUACUGACAACAAACUGAUUCUCAAUUCAGUCAGAAGAGAAGAUGCAGGCAGAUAUAGAUGUGCUGUACAUGGACACACACUCACAUCACCUGACGUCUAUCUCGAUGUCACCUGUGACAGUGACUCAAACCCUCCUGCAGAAAUCAACUGGUUUAAAGGAGAAACAUCUGUAGGAUUUGGAAGAAUCUUCAGCAUCUCCAAGAUCAGCUCUGAUGACAGUGGAGAAUACAAGUGUAGAGCCACAAAUGAGCAUGGAGGGAAACACUCUGAUCUUGUGACUUUAGAUGUCCAGUACUCCCCCAGGAGCACCUCAGUGUCUAUAAAUGGAUCUGCUGUGAUAAUGUCUGGAGAUUCAGUGAGUCUGAUGUGCAUCAGUGACUCAAACCCUCCUGCUCUGAACUUCAGCUGGUUUAAGGAGAAUCAAAGCUCAGCUGUUGGAUCUGGACAGAGUUUCAGUGCAGUACAGAGUGGACGCUUCUACUGUGAGGCUCACAAUCCACAUGGAGCUCAGAGAUCAGCCGCCGUCACUGUCACUGUUAGAGGUGUGUAUCAACAUUUGGUAAUGUGA